AUGACGACCACAGCAGCCGCACCACUCUGUUCGGACACCGUUCGCACGGCUGGAGGCGGGAUUCCGGACGGCAAUGAUCAUCCUACAUUGUCAGCGGAAGCGGUAAAAGAAUUCCAACUGGCGCUCUUUCUCGAGAACUUGGAAGCAUUCUAUUUUCAGAGCGGACUUCAAAAUAUCUCUACCUGGGGAAUGACGGGCUACCCAAAUGAUACGAUCGAAGUGCUUAGCAAGAUUGUGGCACAGGAGGAAGUACACGUCGCAACGAUCACGGACCUGCUCAAUGGCUAUGGUGCCACUGUAAUUGCUCCUUGCCAGUAUUCCUUCCCGGUGUCGACCAUGGAUGAGUUCAUCGCCCUUAGUGACAUCAUAACCUCAGUGGGCAUCAGCGCUCUCAUCGGACUGAUCGAUCGAGUCUCGUAUGCUGAUCCUUCUAUUGUCAAUACGGUGUUGUCAACAGUGACGGUCGAGUCCCGUCAUGACGCGUUCUUCCGCCAUGUGCGCGGCAGAGUCCCUGACCCAGCUCCCUUUGACACCGGGAUUAGCAACAUCUGGGCGUACAAUUUGGCUCUUCCAUUUAUCGUGCCGGGGUCAUGUCCAACGGAGAUCCAGCUACCUAUUCUACCCAGGUUGACGGUGUCAACACCGACUGCGGCUGACAACAGAUCGUCAGUGGCCACGGGAAUAGCGAAGAGCAUCGCGCCAUAUCAAAAUACCUCCGCGAGCCCGGCUACGGUAACGAACACUACCGCGGUUCCGUCAGAAAUGGCGUUCACAUGGGAUCCCAUGCAGAUGCCAUUCGUAUUCGAGCAGGGAAAACAAUUGUUUGUUGGCUGGACCAAUCAGCUGAAUGUGCCAGUGUAUACGGUAUUAUCCAUCGUUGGGCCAGGCAGGGGAGUUGCGGAUGUACCGCAAGGACUCAAUGGGGCGGUGUUUGCAGCGGUCACAAGUCAAUUGCCUGAUAAUGACUAUGACCUGGCCCUCGCAACCAUGGCGGGCCCGGUUGCGUUAUCACUCUCUUAG